GGAGGGACGGGGUGCCGGGAGAGGCUCCGCGGGCAGCGCAGGCAGACAGCGAGGAAGCGCAGCAACAAGCAGCGAUCGCCCGCUCUUCUCUGGCCAUGGGGCUUGGCGGCCCGCCGGUACCCCACGCCCCGCCCAGAAACUGGAGGAGCUAAUGACUGUAUUCCUGGAGAAGAGACUUCAUUGAUACAAGCUGAAAUAGCUGGCUGCAAACUGUUCGUCAUGGCUUAAAUGGACAUCAAAGCACAUCUCUCUGCUGGACUGUACAUCCCCAGAUGAUCUGAUCCCUCAUGGACUAACUUCCAAGAAAAAAAACCCAACAACACACCCUCUUCUUUCUGCAGUUUGUUUGCUUUAAUUUAUGGCUUGCUCCCACAGAGAAAACCUAAAUUUUUAUGCUGAUAUUGGUCCCCUCUAAAUAUUCUGGUACAUGGAAGGACAAGGGGCCAUCUUCGUUGAACUCUCAUUGGAAGAGGUUAGCAGCAGGUCACGGAGAGGUGGAAGAGAUUUGGAAACACUGAGGAGGUGAAAGAAAUACCCAGCUUUGCCUUUUUUAAGCCCAUUUUUGGGAAACAAGGUUUCUCCCCUUAUGGAUGGAGGUCAUGCAAAUGGUAUGUUCAGCCUAAGCUCAAGGUGGUAACUGCUGGUUGCCUGCAACACCCUUUCCUUUUUGCCUUACAUUGGACCCUACGUUGUACUUGGUCAGCAGCGACAGUAGAGCCCGAGCAGGAAAGAUGGUUGUGGUAAGGAGGAGGAACGUGAAAGUAUUCACCUUUGCCUUUUUGCUCAUCACAGUAACAUCUUUUCUACUGAACUACACACACCAGGUGACCACAUCCACCUGGGAUCUGAGAAAUUUCAUCGGGCAGUUAACAGAGCAAGUCCAAAAACUCUUGAAGUACCCCCGAAGACCGUGCAGCUGUCACACGUGCAUUUCUGAGUUGGGACAUUCCCUCUGGUUUGAUCAGAGGUUUAAUUCAACUAUGCAACCUUUCUUGACCUCACAAAAUGCCUUCAUCCCAGAAGACAGCUACAGGUGGUGGCUGAAACUGCAAGGAGAGAAAACUCCGAAGAACAUUAAUGCUACUCUCAAGGAAUUGUUUGGGAUUAUUCCUGGGGAUGGAGAUCCACUGCAGGAGAGAGGCACUUACACAUGCAGAAGAUGUGCUGUCGUGGGCAACUCGGGGAACCUUCGGCAGUCUCAGUAUGGCAGAGAUAUUGACUCCCAUGACUUUGUGCUCAGGAUGAACCGUGCCCCCACUGCUGGCUACGAAUCAGAUGUUGGGAGCAAGACCACUCACCACUUUGUUUACCCUGAGAGCUAUAAAGAGCUGGCAGAAAAUGUGAGCAUGAUCCUGAUCCCCUUCAAAACCCUGGACCUGCGCUGGGUUGUCACUGCCCUCACCACAGGCACCAUCAACUUCACAUAUGUUCCAGUUCCACGCAAAAUCAAAGUCAAAAAAGAGAAGAUACUGGUUUAUAAUCCAGCUUUUAUGAAAUAUGUCUAUGAAAACUGGCUCCAGAAUCAUGGGAGAUAUCCCUCCACAGGCCUUCUGUCUCUGAUGUUUGCACUCCACGUAUGUGAUGAGGUCAACGUGUAUGGUUUUGGAGCAGACAGCAAAGGACACUGGCAUCAUUAUUGGGAAAACAAUGCUUCAGCUGGAGCUUUCCGUAAGACAGGUGUCCAUGAUGGGGACUUUGAGUUCAAUAUAACUUUGACUCUUGCCUCCAUUGAAAAAAUAAAUUUUUUCAAGGGCAGAUGACCCUGGCCACGGGCAGAAAUGGGGGCUGCAGUUUCCAUCACGCAGUGGAACAAAGCUCAGCGAAGAGGAUUUGGGCACCAGCCAGGUUUCAGUGCAUUAAUCUGUGGUGGAAUCGGAGUGUCUCACUGCUGCAAUGCCCACCACAGAGAGCUCAGCCAAGGACCGGCUUCCACGCUGCACCUGAUUUCCUGUCUAUAGAUAGCUGGGAACUACCAAUCAGUUGUUGGAAUAAAUGAAUCUCUGCUUAGGCUCUACAGCUUGAUUCUUGAAUUACUCAUGAAAAAUCUGCCUGUUGCAAGUAGGGGAAAACUGGGCACAGGAACUGCUGUUUGUGUGUCCGUUCUUUCCUUGAGAAGGGCAAGAGAUCACUGAAGAAGAGCAAAAAAUCACUUCUGGCACGUGAGACCCACUAGGGCAGCUGUGAACAUCAUAGUAAGGAUUACCUCAAAGAAAUGAAUUCAGUUCUGCUGUUGAUCUUCUUUUUGAACUCUCUUCUGUUUCCUCUAUUACUUCUGGUUUCAUGCUGUAUUAAGGAAAAACUUGACGAAGUUGCCUGGAGUAGUAAAUAUUUCAUCCAUUGCCUCAUCCUACAUUGAUACUGCUUAGAAAACAUGGAUCAAAUCAUCUCUGGUCAUACAUUAUUUAAUAUUGCUUCCUAUACAGCCAUAAUGAGAGAGAAAACAAUACCGAAAACUCCAGAAAGAAAAAGCAAAAGCCUUUUCAGCCACUUCAUUGUUUGUCUUAUUUGGUUAUAUGUAAUUAUUAUUAUUUUUUUAAUGGAAAGUACUCUGGAAUGCUGAUUUUUAUUUAAUCAGUUUAAGAUUGGAAAGUGGACUUUUUUUCUUUCAGUCACUUAUAUGUGCCUUUUAUAAUUGUUCAACAGAGGUGAUUUUUUUUAAGAUGACAGAUACUAAAUUAAACUUUUUUAUAAAAGGGGGGAAAAUUAACCAAAGUUUAGCUUCUAUAUGGUAUACUUUUGUAGUCAAAACCAAUAAUAGCAGUUCCUAUAUUGUAUUUGAGCAAAGAAGAUUAAUUUUUAAGGUGGAGUCUACCUUUUUUUUUUUUUUAAUGGGAAAAUAUCCAGAAGUUCCAAGGAAACUUUUUUUCUUAUUUUUUUUACAAAUUUAGAAAGUGGUAUCUCUUUGCAAGGUUUCUAUUUGAAAUAGAAGAAGUAUCAUGGGUUGGGAUAUCAGCUAGUAAUAAAUCACUAAUCUUUUGCCCUGUAUCAGCACCUACAAGGAUACAGCCCACGCAAGCUGUUCUUACACUGUAAGCCAGACUUCAAAAUUAUGUUCCUCUCUGGAGGAAUGAGUGUACCAAUGUCAGUACUGAUAGGCAGUGAGAGGAGAGAAGUAGCAGUGGAGAUUGUAUAUAUCCAGAAGUCUUUGUUGGAAUCAACACAUUUCAUCCUCAAGGACAAGAUAAAGUACAAAUCCAAUGAAAAAAUCAGGCAGUGAAAAAUGGAGAACAGUGACUUUUUUUUCCCUUCUUAAUAUCAUGAAAACAGGAUUCAUGGAUAAUUGACCCAUUUUCAGCUCUUGUGAAGCCAAUGGAGUGCCUGUCUCAGACUUCAAGGUACUUUAGAUCAGGCUUGGGAGAUAUGGCAUAUUUUAUUUUUAAUGUACUACAGUGGUUGAGGUUUGUGGCAUUUUAGAAAUCAUCAUCUAGAUUGGCUUUUCAUACAGCAGUUACGACAGCACGUCCAAGAGGAUGAGCAUGUGAACUCAGUGGAAGCCUAGCCCUUUGAUCAGUGAUGUGCUUCACUCCCAGAUUAAUCCCCUUGCCUUUCUGAGCCGUUUGUUAACAGUGAGCUCCCCUCCAAGGCAGCAAUCCACAUCACAGGGACAUGGUCGCCUGAAAGACCCCUGGUUUGGGCCACAGCACCACUUGCCAACGUGAACUGCUUUACCCAUGUGCACUAUUAUUGGAGUCAGAGCGUACAAGGAGACAAGGAUGCCAAAUGUCUGAGUGGGGAAUUGAUUUCCCUUCACUGCACACACCUGACCCUUCAGGUUAGCAACACGAAAAGGGCAGAAUUUUCAAAACCUCAUGUCUUACGAGACCUGUUUAUGAUCCUCAUGUCAAGAAGCCCUUUCCCAUCAUGAUGGCCAGAACUACACACCUGUAUGUCACAGGCACAGCAGAUUCAAUGGGCUCACUGUCUUCUACAUGCCCUUUGUAAAAGAAUGAAACAUUUCUACCUGAACUGUGUUUAUUUGUUUGUUUGAAGCAUUCCCACUGUUUAAAUCAUUAAUCAAUAUGCUUCUGUUGAGGUAUCACUGUAAUACAAGCAAGCAACUUUAAGAGGAAAAAGACAGGGUAUCAUCACUCUGUGGCUGGAUUUUAGAGAUACUUUUUUCAUCAUGAGCUUCAAAUACUUUUUUCCCCCUCAUGGACAGUUGGCAGUAGUUCAGAAACAUUUUGUUGCUGUUUUGGUCUUUUUUAGAAAGACUUGGAAGAAAACUCCUGGUGUUUCAGUAUCCAAAUCCCCAGAUCAGCUAUCUUCUAGCCUGUGUUGUUCUAAAAGUUUCCUUAUGCUGUGCAGAUUACAUUUCCAAUUUUCCCCUCAAUAUUCUGCCUCUGACAGCACAUGUGAAACAUUGUGGCUCAUACUAUUGUGGAUAGAUUUAGUGUCUUCAUCACAGAACAGGCUGCAAAUCCCAUUCAAUUUUCUUGCCGACAGCAAGCAGUAACUGUUUACCACUGAUGUCCAUUUUUCAGAGCACGAGGAGAGAAGAGAGCAGACCUUUCUAGCUGCAGAAUGAGAUACAGUGUGUGCCAUCACAUUUCUGCGCAAGAAGAGCUUUAUUUCUAGAGUCCUUUAGGCAGCUGUUUUGCUAGAUCUUUUAGCUCAGUUUCUCCACAAUCUUGCUGCUAUUUCAAAUGCCUUCAGAACAAAGAGAUAUCAACAGAUGAUGCUGAUGGAAAAACUAAUUCCCCUUGCCAAUAUUGAAGAUUGUAUUCCUGCUGGUAACAUUCUAGGCUUAUUUUGCUUAAAGAGCAACAAAGAAAAAUAUUUAGCAACAUGUCAAGGCUUCAAACUCUUGAACUGUAUUUGCCACCACUGCAAAGUCUCUGAAACACUCCUUGAAUGUGUGUUGUUUCUUUUACCAAAGCCAAAUCUCUUGAGCACUUUCUCCCAUGACCAGAUUUAAUUCCUCUAUUUUCUUUCACUAUUGAUUUGACAAUUGAUUAUGAUGAUAAUUUUUUUGUUCUCUGAUGGUGGGGUCUCGAUCAGUCUUUGUCAUUAUAUUUAUUUAAUUUUUCAUUAUGAUAUGAAUCAAAAUAAAUUUUUUAUUGUAAUCAA